ACAGCCUGGGAGGCGGGGUCCUUCUCUGGGGCGGUCGCGUUGGCAGCGGAUGCAGGAAGAAGGACUCUGGGCAUCAUGUACUACAAAUUUAGUGGCUUCACGCAGAAGUUGGCGGGAGCGUGGGCUUCGGAGGCCUAUAGCCCGCAGGGAUUAAAGCCUGUGGUUUCCACAGAAGCACCACCUAUCAUAUUUGCCACACCAACUAAACUGACCUCCGAUUCCACAGUGUAUGACUAUGCUGGGAAAAACAGAGUUCCAGAGCUACAGAAGUUUUUCCAGAAAGCUGAUGGUGUGCCCGUCUACCUGAAACGAGGCCUGCCUGACCAAAUGCUUUACCGGACUACCAUGGCGCUGACUGUGGGAGGGACCAUCUACUGCCUGAUCGCCCUCUACAUGGCUUCGCAGCCUAAAAACAAAUGAGUUAGGCUGCAGAGGACUGGUUUGUUUUUUGGCAUAAACCCUUUGAAUUUCCUUUUUCAUUGUUAAAUUAAAAUUUUUUUUUUACUUGGAUGGCUUAAUAUUUUUGCAAGAAAAAUAGGAAGAUAUGAAGAUGAUUUGGUUUGUUUAUGAAAUGCAUAUGGCUUGUCAGAGCUCAUUCGACAGUUGAAGCCAUUGUUUAAAGAAAUGGUGCUUUGCUCUGUGUUUGUGCUCCUGAUUUCCCUGGAGGUUCUAGAUGAAGGCUGCACACAGGCUUGUUAACGUCAGUCUGUGCUGAGGACCUCAGGGACUUGAGGUUGCAUUUUUGAGCACGGGGUGCAGAAGACUUUCUGAAUUUGGAUGUGGCUGUGGAAAGAACACAGAAGCCAAGGUCAUGUGCAUGAAAUGAGGGGUUUGAGUUAGUUGCCUCGGGGAUUUUUUCCAUUUUGCAGUAAAAUGUUAAAUUAAUGUAGCCUGCCUCUAUUCGUUGGACAGUUAAUUUCAAAGGGUUAUUUGCCUCAUCUCCUAUCUUCAGUGAAAUCUUAUGUGUAAUUGUGUGUAUUUACUCCACCACGGGAACAGAGAACACUGUUUAGUGUUGCACUUUAGACUGGUGUCUGUUUUGUUAAUGCACCUGUGCCACAAAUUUUCCUUUAUCUUUUAAAAAUGUUAUAGCUUUUAAUUAUGAUUUAUUUUGACUGUGGAAUAAAUACACGAAUGAAACAUUUUAA